AACUCCACUUAAAAUUCCCUCUACACUGGUAGAUUAUUUCUGACUCGAGUAAGAUUUGUUUACAUGGUAUCAGAGCUAGAGAGAUAAGCAAUUGCUCUGUGACAAGAUCUCUUGUGAAGGAAAUCAACCGGUGUUCCAAAAUGGAUUCGAGUGGUCAUGUUGUUGGACUUGGUAUGGAAUUAUUGAACCAGUCCAAUUAUAAUGUAUGGAAGACUUGCAUGGAAUCUUAUCUUAUUGGUGAGGACCUUUGGGAUGUUGUUGAUGGUAAUGACAUUACUGCUCCAGCAAAUAAUGAAGAAAAUGCUGAGGCUUUUAAGCAAUGGAGGCAAAGGAAUGCUAAGGCAGAAUUUUCCUUGAAGAGGUCUAUUUCUCAUGGAAUGUUUGAGCACAUAAUUCGUUGCAAAUCUGCAAAUGAAAUUUGGGAAACACUAGACAGGUUAUUCAACAAGAAAGAUGUGGCUCGGCUGCAGUUCUUGGAGAAUCAACUAUCUAAUGCCUGUCAAGGGGACCUAUCUAUGGCUCAAUUUUUUCUGAAAAUUAAAAAUUUAUGUUCAGAAAUUUCAAUUUUGGAUCCAGACGAGCCUAUCUCUGAAGCUCGUAUGAAGCGGCAUAUUGUUCGCGGGUUAAAGCCAGAGUACAUUCCUUAUGUCACCUCAAUUCAAGGGUGGGCUCAACAACCAUCCUUGGAAGAGUUUGAAAAUCUCUUGUCCUCACAAGAGUCUUUGGCCAAGCAAAUGGCAAGUUUAUCUGUGACUUAUCAAGGUGGUGGUGUUGACAACAAAAAUGUUCUUGUAGCUGAGAAAAGGAAAAUCUUCAACUCAAAAGAAAAGAAAGAUGGUGCAGAAUAUAGAGUUGGUCCCUCUUAUUCUUCAAAUUUCGAGAAGAAAUUCUUUAGAUGCUACCGGUGUGGUAAACUUGGACAUGUGAAGAAAAAUUGUCGUGUCAAGCUGAUGCAAGGAAAUUGGGUUGAAGCUGAAGGUGAUGAUAAACAAGGUUCUUCUCAAAGCAAUGAAGAAGACUGGGGAAAGUGUUUCAUGGCCAAAAUUGCAUCCAAUUCUGCUUCAAUUGAUUUUAAGAAUGAUUGGAUCAUAGAUUCUGGUUGUGGUCAUCAUGUGACUGGUGAUGCUUCCAAGUUCUCAAGUCUCCAUCUUCAUAAAGGCAAAGAUGCAGUUAUCACAGCUGACAACACGGUUCACUCCGUGGAAAAAGAAGGGACAGUUAUUCUCGGUGGAUGCAAGGAAAAUUCCAUUACACUCACUAAUGUGUAUCAUGUCCCAGAGGAGAGCUGCUGCAGAGGAGAUGAGGAAAAUUCUGAUUUCUGCUGCUACUUUUGGUUGGUGGAGCAGGAGAAGAAGGCAGCAGUAGAGGAGAUGAGGAGUAGAAGGCAGUUGCUAUUUAGUGGACAAGGAAGAUUCUGAUUUCUGUUGCUACUUCUAUUCGGUGGCACAAGAGAAGAAGGGCAGCGACAAAGGAGAUGAGGAAGAGAAGGAGGGCAGCGAUGGGGGAGAUGAUCUGUUCUGUAACAGUGUAACUUUUGUUCUGCUUUGCUGUUUCAAUUUAGUGAAGCAAGGAGGAGGUGAUCGGCAAUCAACAGAGGAGAUGAGGUAGACAAAGAGAUCUGAACAGAACAAAUGAGGCAGAUGAGG